UAUAUCUCCACCCACUUGCUGUGGCUUUGUAUUGCCACACUACACUCAGACGCACGUUGCGCUCCAGAGCACAUUGGUUUCAGCCAGUCUUGUCAGACAGCCUAGCGCAUCAGGCUUCUGUUCAGAUUGCUCUCCUCACAUUCUCUACCGUUAACCUGCGUGAAAUGGAGAACACGAACGAAAUUAACGGGCAAGCUGCCAACCACACGGAAUACACCUUGCCUGCUGCGGAGGUAGAUACAGAUGCAAAAAAGGAUGCGCAACUAACGGCUCAGGAGAAGUUUGUACGUUUUUUAAAAAGACAUCUUUUGGUCAUAUUGACUGUGUCUGGCGUCCUGGCCGGUGUUGGUAUCGGCAUGGCAGUCAGGAACAUGAACCUCACCCGAGCGCAAAUGACUUAUUUCGCCUUCCCUGGUGAGAUGCUCCUGAGGAUGCUGAAAAUGAUUAUUCUUCCACUGGUCGUGUGUAGUUUGAUUUCAGGUGCUGCUAGCCUGGACACUAGAUCCCUAGGAAAACUAGGUGGAAUUGCCAUCGCUUACUUUUUGGUGACAACGCUUAUAGCUUCUAGCAUAGCAAUAGCCCUUGCCUUCAUUAUCAAACCUGGAGUUGGUGCCGGUGCGCUGAAUACGAACAGUCUAAGAUUAACUGGCACAGUAACCAACAACAAAGAGACAGUCGACUCCUUUUUAGAUCUUGCAAGAAACCUGUUUCCUGCUAACCUUGUGGCCGCAGCCUUUCGAUCGUAUGCAACCGACUACAAGACUGUCUCGAUUGGAAAUGCCACUGCUGGAAAUCUAACUUAUGAAAAGAUACCCACUGGCUCAGAGAUAGAUGGCAUGAACAUCCUCGGCCUAGUCCUGUUUGCCAUUGUGUUCGGAAUAGCUCUAAGAAAACUUGGACCUGAAGGGGAAGAUUUAAUAAAAUUUUUCAACUCUUUUAAUGAAGCAACAAUGGUCCUUGUAUCUUGGAUCAUGUGGUACGUGCCCAUUGGUAUAAUGUUCCUAGUUGGCAGCAAACUUGUGGAGAUGGAAGAUGUAGUCCUCCUUGUCACUAGUCUGGGAAAGUAUAUAUUUGCAUCAAUACUGGGGCACCUUAUCCAUGGAGGAAUAGUUCUGCCUCUUAUCUACUUUGGAUUUACUCGAAAAAAUCCCUUCAGCUUUCUCUCAGGGCUCAUCACACCUUUCACAACUGCUUUUGCCACAUGUUCCAGUUCUGCAACUCUUCCUUCCAUGAUCAAGUGCAUCGAGGAUAAUAACGGUGUUGACAAGAGGAUCAGCCGCUUCAUCCUGCCCAUUGGCGCCACGGUCAACAUGGAUGGGGCUGCCAUUUUCCAGUGCAUUGCUGCUGUCUUCAUUGCCCAGUUAAACAAUGUCGAGCUAAAUGCCGGGCAGAUCUUUACCAUUCUUGUUACUGCAACGGCCUCCAGUGUAGGAGCAGCCGGGAUCCCAGCUGGAGGGAUCAUCACUAUCGCAAUCAUUCUGGAGGCAAUUGGCCUGCCAACCAACGACCUGUCUCUCAUGUUAGCUGUCGACUGGAUUGUAGACCGGACUACUACUGUAGUAAAUGUAGAAGGAGACGCUUUGGGAGCAGGAAUCCUCCACCACAUCAACCAACAGGAAAUGAAGAAGCAAGCCGAGCUGGAGACUGUGCGAGUGGAAGCUAUACCCAACAUCAAGUCUGAGGAGGAGACGUCCCCGCUGGUCACUCACCAGAACAUGGGGGUCAUGCCUUCCAGAAAGGGAGACUUGGAGUCUGUGCUAUGAACUUUGAACCCCUUCCCUUGACAUCAGACAACUGUUGUGUGACUGACGUCGGACAGACACCAUUUUAUACGUUUUUUCAUCCAGGUUUAAAAGGUUACAAAGAUGUAUUUCUUACCACCUGGUAUACAUUUUUUUCUCCUGCUACUUUUAUAAAUGAAGUGUCAUAGCCAUGUAGGUAAUCACGCUAAACAUCCCUGUGUUUACAGAUGUGUCAGUCUGAGGUAUAAUCAGUGUGAAGGGCUUUACAAUGGUUGUGAAGGAGUGUUGUGAGGGUCAGUAAUGGGUUGAAAAGCAUUUUAUUAUUGUAAAGAAGAGGAAAAAUGGCAGUACUGAAACCCAUGUUUCCCCUCUAAAGAAAUCUUCUAAAGUGAUUUAUCUUUUCACAUCUGGCAUGUGGCUUGAUUUUGCAUGUUAAUUAAAGUGUCCCAAGCUCAAACCAAGUAAAAGGAAAGCAGACACCAGGUGAAUUUCAUUGGUAUGCAAAGUAAACCACUACCACAUUUAAAAAAAUAAACUUAAAAGGUGUUAUCUUUUCCUCCAGUACAAUGCUUGCAUUGUUUUUCUUUGUCAAAGGAAAAAGGAAACCACUAGAAAGUACUUAAAAUGUUUUUUCUUUGAAUGUUUGUUUGUUUUUAUGAAAGUUUAUGAUGCUGAAAAUUUGUGAACCUCUUGUUGUAUCAAUCUGGGGGCUGGGAUGGGGCAGACCCCCUUUGAAGUUGAUUUAGUUUUUUUUUUUUUUUAAUGUUUCUGAAGCUAAGUCAGUCUGGAUUGGAACAGGUUUGGCAUGUCUUAGAAGCUCAUUGUUGAAUGGUGAGUGCUAAACAUGGCUUUAACAUGAAUUGUCUCACCUCUUAUUAGAAUUAUCUCCAGGACCCCAAUUAUUGUAAUGAAUAUCGUAACGUGAUACGUUACCAGAAAAAAAAAAAGUGUAAACUGCAUUUUACUUUAAUAAUCUGCAGUCAUUAUAUUGGUAAGAAAGGUAAUACAAUUGAUUUUAAAGCCUUGGUUGUCACUGGAUAUGAUAUGUGUACUGAAUAGAGAAUAAUUUGGUAUCAAACACAGAAGUCUUCUUUGUUCAUAGGUGUUGGUGAUAUAAACAUUUAUAACAUGUGGUAAACCCUUUUAUUGAUGUGAUACAACCAUCUGAGAUUUCUUACGAGUCCCUUAUCAUCUGUAUUUAGUCUUCCAGUCUUUUUGCACUUUGAAUUGGAUGAAGCCCAAUCCUCCCACAACUUUGUAGAUGAACUACCUGUGGGCAGUUAUUAGGAAACCACCUCACCCUUCCAGUGUGCAGGACAGGGAGGUUUAGGUUACAGGUGUACAGUAGUUGCACAGGGAGUGCACCUACAAUGUGGCUGGAUAGAUGGGCCUUACCAAAGUCAAAGUGAAAAUAAAGUCGGUAAAGCUAAAUGUCUACAAAAAAAAUUAUAGGGACUAUCAAGAAAGUUGUCAGCUAAGAAAAAUAUUUUAAAAGUGGAUAUUAAACCUUUAAUAAGUGGAUUUGCCCUUAUUAAGCUUCAGAUUAUGGUUUUAUAAACGACCUUUUCCAUUUUAAAAGGGUCAAAAUGUUUGUAUUUUUGUUACCAAAAUGAAUCACCACUCUAUAAUAAAUAGCAUUGAAACAGAUAUGAGAAACUUCCUAGCUUGUAUUUAUGUAAUACAUUGCUCAGUGCUUGUUGAAUGCAUGUUAUAAUACAAUAUAUGUAUUGUAUAUACCACCACUAGCAAAGAUGAAGGAUCAUGCAGCUUUCAUCAUCUCUUUAUUAUUUUGAUCCAGUAGGUGGUGCUAUUUUUCAAGAAAUGUUAUCAGUACAUUGAGCUUUUUACUAAUGUUUAUGGAGCUUUUAGUACACCCUUUUUUAAACAGUACAGCAAAACAUUACCAUAUAGUGGAAGGACCGUGCUGUAUUUAUGAUAGAUAGAAGCAACAACUACUGUAUAUGGGGGCUUGGCGGUCCAGUAGUUAAAGAAAGGGGCUUGUUAUCAGGAGUUUCAAGGUUCAAUCCCAACUCAGCCAGUGACACUGCAUGUGACCCUGAGCAAGUCACUUAACCUCCUUGUGCUCUGUCCUUCAGAUGAGACGUAAAACGAGGUCCUAUUGUAAGUGACUCUGCAGCAGUAGCUGUGAUGCAUAGUUUAACCCCAAGUCUCUGUAAGUUGCUUUGUAUCAGAGUGUCUGCUAAAUAAUAAUAAUUUGAAAUCCUUAGUUUAUAACUGUAACUAAUUCAAGUGUAAUGUUUCACGCACCAGCCCUAAUAAAUAGGUUCACUUUUUUUCCGUGAAGUGAGUUCAUUCGGUUGCAAAUUCAGAUCUAAAAUCAUAUAGUUCGGGCCGUGUUCUUGUAACCCUGUUUUUAGUAAAUGUACUCAGAUCGGUGUUUCUUCUUGUAACCCUGUUUUUAGUUCUUCUGUGCUGUCAGUUUGUCAGCUGCUUUUGAGAACAAUAAAUCAGUCAAACAA